CGGCGCAGGUGACGGUCGCCUCCGCGAGCGCGCUACCGCCGCCCCGCCACCGCCCCGUCACCAUGGCGACACCGUCGCGCCGAGGCCCGUGGAACCUGCCGAGCGGCCGGGGCGCGGCGCGGCGUGGCACGGGGACGCGCGCAGGCCUGGCGGCGGCGGGACGAGGCUCUCAAGAGAUGAAUCUAAUAAGGGAGGAGUGACCUGGAGAGAAGGCAGGACAGAAGACUACAGGGGGACAUCGUUCUCUCUCUGUUGGAUACCCAAGGAGUCUCGGAGAAGGGUGAAGUGGCCUUCUUGCUUUUAAGGAGCAGGACAGGACACUUCCACAGGGAGCAUCGUGGGACUAAUCUAGAGCAGAACCCAAGAGGCUGGGGUCUCGGAAUGGAGCACGGUACUGUGUCUGUCCCAGCUGCAUUGCCAUAUUAUGUGGCCUUCUCCCAGCUGCUGGGCCUCACCGUGGUAGCUGUGACUGGUGCGUGGCUGGGUCUGUACCGAGGUGGCAUUGCCUGGGAAAGCUCCCUGCAGUUUAAUGUGCACCCACUCUGCAUGGUCAUAGGCAUGAUCUUCCUGCAAGGAGACGCUCUGCUGGUGUACCGUGUCUUCAGAAAAGAAGCUAAACGAACGACCAAGAUCUUGCAUGGGCUGCUGCAUGUCUUUGCCUUCAUUCUCGCCCUGGUGGGCUUGGUGGCUGUGUUCGACUACCACAAGAAGAAGGGCUAUGCUGACCUGUACAGCUUGCACAGCUGGUGUGGGAUCUUAGUCUUUGUUCUUUACUUUGUGCAGUGGCUCGUGGGUUUCAGCUUCUUCCUGUUCCCUGGAGCCUCAUUCUCUCUGCGGAGCCGCUACCGCCCUCAGCACAUUUUCUUUGGCGCCACCAUCUUCCUCCUCUCUGUGGGCACAGCCCUACUGGGCCUGAAGGAGGCCCUGCUGUUUAAACUUGGGACCAAGUACAGCACGUUUGAACCCGAGGGGGUCCUGGCCAACGUGCUGGGCUUGCUGCUGGUCUGUUUUGGGGUGGUUGUGCUGUACAUCUUGGCUCAAGCUGACUGGAAGCGGCCGUCCCAUGCUGAAGAACAAGCCCUCUCCAUGGACUUCAAGACACUGACAGAGGGAGACAGCCCCAGCCCCCAGUGACUGCCUUCCUUGUCCUGUACAGGGGGCUGCAUCAGGUGGUCCUCUUGGCUCUGUGGGUUUCCAGAUGUCUUUUUGCUCUUCCCUGCAGACACUAAGUCUUUAGGUACAGGAGUGUGGGGCAGUAUUGUUAGUUUAAUGGGGUUCCGGGCUUUGCCAUUGUCCUGGUCUCCCUUCCUCUCCUUCCUCUCUGCAGCUUUUGAUGUAUCUAUGAGCCAUGAGUAGGCUCUGCCUGUAGCCCCUGUUGUCCAUUCACAUACAGAAAGCUUGGUUAGGGAAUCUGGGGUCAAGCCUGGUCUGAGCCGCUCCGCCCUCCAUGCAGCAGAUGGCUGGGGCUGGGCCUGAGGAACUGGCAUGGAGAAGUCAAGACUGCUGCUUUUUGUAUUCAACCCAGGAGUUUCAGAAGUUUGGGAAGCACGCGUUCUUGGCAGUAGAGCAAGUGAUAUCAUGUGUAAAGUAUGCUGGUGUUCAGAGUAAGGCUCCCCAGAAAGGUUGACUCUGGCUACCAAGGGAGCCCAGGCGUGUGGGUUGGCCACAGUCUUGGACCUUUCUGUUCUUUUUAAAUCCCUGAUCCUUAAAUAGGCUUUUUGUGGGGAAGGGGAUUGGUGAUCAAAACGCAGGUAAAUACCUGUCCUGGUGGAGGAGGGCAGGCUGCUAGCAGUGAGGGGCCUCCUGGCCUCCAGCCGCCCUGGCAGAGUUCUUCCAUUCAGCAGGGCUAAGCCCUAGUUUCCUUCUACAGGCCAGCCUGGGCAGGCUCUGGGAGCAGGAGGCCACACACCUCCUGAGGUUUUGGAAGAGGGCUGCUGUUUGUCUUUUUCUCCAGGGGCUGCUGGGGUACCCUGGCUUGGUUAAAGCAGCGCUGGGAGAUUAUGGUCCUCCCACCCCUGGGUCCAUCAUCACUGGGCAGAAGGACUGAAGUGGAAGAGAGGAACGGGAUUGGUCUCCUGUGGUGCCUUCCCUUAGCUUCACCCCCCUACUGCCUGUUGUGUUGUUAGCUGAGUCACUGUUUGGCUCGAGUCUAGAAAUACUGGGAUUAGAGCACUAAUCUUGUGUUCUCUGGUUUGGCACAUGCUCUCUGUUUUCCUUCUCUCUUAGAUUUUGAGCCUCAGAGUUUGUGACACACAUGGUUAACUCAGUAAGGAAAUGAAUGGUUUCUGAACCUGGCAGUUCUUUUAGGUCAAUAGGCUGGCCUUCUCUGUCAGAUUUCUGAUUGUGCAGUGGGUCCUGCUUCUGAUGAUGUCUCUUCUCCUAGCUGUGGUGUAGCCCCUCUCCCUGAUGCUACCUAGCACCCUGGCCUUUUCUCCCAUCUCGCCAUUUGCUGGGAUGGUGAGGUUUGCCUCCAGUUUUAAUUGUAUAUGCUGUAAGGAUAGGGGAAUCUUAGAAAUUCUGUCAUCAGUUGGCAUACUGUAGAGUCAAGUGUUUACAUUUGGGAGACUCAUCCUUAGACAAACUAACGAGUACCAUUGUGAGUCUCCCUUGCCAGACUACACAGAGAAUUAGAAUUUAGGUCUGCCUGCGAUGAGUCUGUAAAGUAGUCUUUUUGCCAAAGUGUAUGAUACAUGACUAAGGACCAAAGAAGGCCCCUAAGUAGAUGUCUGUGGUUUCUUCUGUUUCUUCUGUCUCCUGUGAUGUACAGUGUGAUGUUGGUGCAACAGAUGAAUCAAUAAAUGUCUACAGCUGAC